AUGUCUGCCAACGAUAUCUUGGAUGUGCUUAACAUUCAGCGUGAUGAGGCGACUCAGCCUAAAAAGAAACAAAAGACUGAGUCCCAGCCACAACCUCAAAAAGGUGGUAUGGCCAGAGAGCUAUAUAACCUUUUAGGUCCAAACACACCUCCAGUGAAUAUGGCCAUGGGUCCUGGAUCUAAGAUUAAAGACAGGAAGCUUAUGAAGGUUUCUCCAUGGACCAAGAUGCCUUUUAAAGGUAGCAAAGAGCUUCUUGAACAAGGACGUGAGAACAAGCCAUACUUCUUUGACAAGUUUAUUGUCAGCAUAGAUAUCCCCGAGCUUGUGGACGAGGAGAAGUACAACAAGUUCAUGGAAGAGGUGAAGGCCAAGAACGAGCAGAAGAAGAAGGAGAGAGAGGAAAGAGAAGCAAAGCAUAAAGAGGAGGUCAAGAAAGCCGAGGAGGCAAAGAAGGCGAAGGAGGAAGCUAAUAUCAAGAAGGAGGACGAGGAUAAAAGUGAAAAGAGCGAUCUGAAUGGGCCAGCAUCCAAAGACAAGAAGGACAAGGAGGAGUCCAAGGAAGAGUCCAAGGAAGAGUCCAAGGAGGUUUCCGUGGAGACCCAAGAAGAGCCGGAAAGAGAGUGGACAUACGAGGAAACGAAGCUUUUAUUUGAGCUCUGCAAGACUUUCGAACUCAAGUGGCCCGUGGUUUACGACCGUUUCCCCGCCAGAGACAGAAAGUUGGAGGAUUUGAAGGAACAGUUCUACAGAAUCAGCUCGCUAACGCUCAAAGACAGCGGAACUGGAAAUCCGCAUCUUUUGGAGUCGUUGGAUGCUUUUUCGAAGCUGGCAGAGCUCGAUAGAAAACAGUACCUUGAGAACCUCCUCAAGAGAACCCCAGCUGAGAUUGCAGAGGAAGAGUCGUUGGUCAUUGAAGCUCGUCGUUUCGAGCUUGCAGCCAAAAAGAUGCUUAUGGAACGUUCAAACUUGCUCACAUUGCUCGAUCUGCCCCAAGCAUCUCAGCUGGUGCUGCAAUACCAGUCCUCUCAGGGCCUCACAAACUUGUACAAUAACUUGAUGAUCAUGGACAAGCACCAAAAGAAGAAACAGUUGCAACAGCGUGCGGCUUCCACAAAUGAUCCUGUUCCUCCUGCAAUCCCCAUGGCUGCAUCCUCGUCUUUCAAGAAAGAUAAGGCCUUCCAAACCCAUCUACAACAGUACUUGUCCGGAGUGCUCAAACAGCAACAGAGCUCAGGACAGCACGUUAAGGGUGAGCCCAAUGCCAUUCAACUGCUUCUUGCGAAAAGACUUACGCCCAAAGAGGAGGAAGCUUAUGGAUUGCACUACCACGCUAACGAACGUCUCACUCCUGGUGUAAUGUUACGCUCUAGUCACAGGUUGCCUGGUUUGCAGCAAAGACAGAGUGUGUUCAAGUCCAUCAACCUGUUACUCCAGGAGCUUGAUAUUCCUACUGUUGGUGGCACCACUUGGAAACCUGUCAUGCCAACGAGAAAGACCAUGGCCAAGUACGACGAACUCAUUAGAGCCAGUGUGGCUUUGCUUGAGGUCAAGAAGGGUAAAGAUAAGAUGGAGGCUGAGAUUGAGCUCAUCAAGAGUCAGCAAGGCCUUCAGUGA